AUGAAUGAGAAUUUAUCUUCUGAUUCUCAAGAUUCUUCUUCCACCAAAAAGAAAAAAGGGGGAUGGAAAUCGGUCAAAUACAUUCUCGGAAAUGAAACAUUGGAGAAAUUGGCCUCUAUGAGUUUGAUAGCAAAUUUAAUUGUAUACAUGCAUACACAAUACAACAUGGAGACAACAUUUUCAGUUGAGGUUUUCAACAUUUGGUCUGGUUUCACAAAUUUUCUUCCAUUAAUUGCUGCUUAUAUGGCUGAUGCUUACAUUGGAAAGUUUAAAAUGGUCAUAUUUGGCAGCAUAGCUUCAUUUCUGGGAAUGGCAUUCAUGUCACUAGGUUCUGGUGUACCAUCAUUAAGACCACCUACCUGCUCGACUCUUUCGGAUUGCGUAAAACCAACUGACACACAAUUGGCUAUCCUAUAUGUGGCACUUGGAUUUUUCGCAAUCGGCUCAGGAAGCCUAAGACCAUGCAACAUUGCCUUUGGAGCCGAUCAAUUCGAUACCAAAACCGAAAAAGGAAGAGCUCAAUUAGAAAGCUUUUGUAAUUGGUGGUAUUUUUUAUUCACAGUAGCACUUUUAAUAGCUCUCACUAUAGUUGUCUACAUUCAAACCAAUAUAAGUUGGUUUCUCGGUUUCAUUAUUCCAACCGUCUGCUUCGCCUUUUCCUUACUCGUCUUCUUGUUCGGACAAAGCAUGUAUGUUAAGUUGAAGCCGAAAGGAAGCAUCCUCAGUGACUUGUUGAAAGUAGUUAUUGCUGCAAUUAGAAAACAUCAUGUUGAUAUGAAGAAAGAUUCUGAAUUAACAUUUCACGAUCCACCAUUAGCUUCUACCGAAGAAGAUGUACAUGUUAAACUUGCUCACACAAAUAGGUUUAGGUUUUUCGAUAAAGCCGCGGUGAUUACAAACCAAAGUGAAAUUGAUAGCAAUGGAAAACCAAUUGAUAAUUGGAGGUUAUGUAGUUUACAACAAGUUGAAGAAUUGAAAUCAAUAUUAAAUACUUUACCAAUUUGGUUAGCAGGAAUUAUAUGUUUUCUUUCAAUGGGACAAGCAAAUUCUUUUGGAAUUUUACAAGCAUUACAAACAAAUAAAUUAAUUGGAAAACAUUUCAAUAUUCCACCAGCAUGGAUGGGAUUAGUACCAAUGAUUGCACUUUCAUUAUGGAUUCUACUUUAUGAAAAAUUCUAUGUACCUUGGACAAUGAAAAAAACCUUAAAAGGUAAAAGGUUGUCAAUUGAACAAAGGUUUAUAAUAGGAAUUAUUUUUUCCAUUGCUUGUAUGGUAGUUUCAGGACUAGUUGAAGUGCGGCGCCGUAAUGACGCGUUGAAAAACGAAACAUUUGAAUCGCCGACAACAAUUUGGUGGCUUGUGCCGCAAUUCGCUUUAUCCGGUUUAAUUGAAGUAUUUGCCGCGAUUCCUAUGAUGGAAUUAUUAACUUCAUAUUGGCCUGAGAGUAUGAAGACAUUAGGUGGUGCAGUGUUUUUCCUAAGUUUAAGUAUUGCUAGUUCAUUGAACAAUAUUCUUAUAAAGAUUAUUGUGGCUAUGAAUAUGAGAAAUGGUGGAGCACCUUGGUUGGGUGGUAAUGAUUUGAAUAAGAAUAGGCUUGAGUAUUAUUACUAUACUAUUGCUGCUCUUGGAGGGUUGAAUUUGUUGUAUUUUUUGUUCUUUGCUCGGUUUUUUCUAUGUAGUGAGGUGUUAAAAAGGAAGAGUAAAAGUGAAGCAAAGGAUGAAGAGAGUUCAUGA